GAUAAAGUUUGUUGGAUGCGUGAAUGCAUCUCCAUACAUGUGGGCCAAGCUGGGGCUCAGAUUGGCAACGCAUGUUGGGAGCUGUACUGUCUGGAACAUGCUAUUCAGCCAGAUGGCCAGAUGACCUCUGAUACAAUAAUCGGUGGUGGCGAUGACUCCUUCACCACCUUUUUCAGUGAGACAGGAGCAGGAAAACAUGUCCCAAGAGCCAUAUUUGUUGACCUGGAGCCCACUGUCAUUGAUGAGGUGCGUACGGGUACCUACCGUCAGCUGUUCCAUCCAGAACAAUUAAUCACAGGGAAGGAAGAUGCUGCCAACAAUUAUGCCCGUGGUCACUACACUAUUGGCAAGGAGAUCAUUGAUCUGGUUCUGGACAGGACUCGCAAACUGGCUGAUCAAUGCACAGGAUUGCAAGGGUUCCUCAUCUUCCACUCCUUCGGUGGAGGCACCGGCUCUGGUUUCACCUCCCUCCUCAUGGAGAGACUGUCAGUUGAUUAUGGAAAAAAGUCCAAGCUUGAAUUUGCAAUCUACCCAGCCCCUCAGGUUUCCACAGCAGUGGUGGAGCCUUACAAUUCCAUUCUGACCACUCACACCACCCUUGAGCACUCUGACUGUGCCUUCAUGGUGGACAAUGAAGCCAUCUAUGACAUUUGUCGUCGGAACCUCGAUAUUGAAAGGCCAACCUACACUAACCUCAACAGGCUGAUUGGCCAGAUCGUGUCUUCAAUCACAGCCUCACUUCGCUUUGACGGCGCCCUGAAUGUUGACCUAACAGAGUUCCAGACCAACUUGGUGCCCUACCCUCGUAUCCAUUUCCCUUUGGCUACCUAUGCCCCAGUCAUCUCUGUGGAGAAGGCCUACCAUGAGCAGCUUUCUGUUGCCGACAUCACAAAUACUUGCUUUGAGCCAGCCAACCAGAUGGUCAAGUGCGAUCCUCGUCAUGGCAAAUACAUGGCCUGUUGUCUGCUUUAUCGUGGCGAUGUGGUGCCUAAAGAUGUCAACUCCGCCAUCGCUGCCAUCAAGACCAAACGCAGCAUCCAGUUUGUGGACUGGUGUCCUACUGGUUUCAAAGUGGGUAUCAACUACCAACCUCCAACAGUGGUUCCUGGAGGGGAUCUAGCCAAGGUGCAGAGGGCUGUGUGCAUGUUGAGCAACACCACAGCCAUCGCUGAGGCCUGGGCUCGCCUCAACCACAAGUUUGAUCUCAUGUAUGCCAAAAGGGCCUUUGUCCACUGGUAUGUUGGGGAGGGAAUGGAGGAAGGAGAGUUCUCAGAGGCCCGAGAGGAUAUGGCUGCCCUGGAAAAGGAUUAUGAAGAAGUGGGUGCGGACAACAUUGGGGAUGAAGAUGAAGGAGAAGAAUAUUGAUGUAAAGACACAAGAAGAAACACAAUUUAAGUGGUUGAUUUUUAUUUAAUCAGUUAGGCCCAAAAGUCAUGCUUAUCCUAUGACUGUGUAUUAAUAUAAUAAAUAUUUCUUGGUUGGAAGUUCCACAGAGAUCAUUA